UGCGGCGCCAUCUGCAGUACCCGCAAUGCCCGCUUACCUAACAAAGCAAACAAGUGAAACGCCAAACUAAAAACAGCAGCCGAGCAUUGUCAGAUGUUUAGAUGUUUAAUUUCUAGGAAAUACAACUCGCUUGGAUAUCCAAGCGUUACUGACGAUAACUAUCAUGACGAAACAACUCCAAAGCAGUGCUCCUACUUUUAUAUCCACUUUAACUAUAAAUUUUGGUACUAAGAGACACACAAACGAGAAUCUCGUCUGGUCAAGUCAAACCUCGACUCGCCGAUCGUCUGCAAACGUCGAGCCAGAGACAAACCAUCACUACGGCGUGCUACACGAUGUAGGAACUGGGGCCCAGUAUAAUCACCACGGGGGGUCUGGAACCGAGAAUAAGCACCCCGCAGUACAUACAAAGACCGAGAUCAAGUGUGAGCACUCUCAAGGGACUGGCAUCGAGUACGAACACCUAGAAGAGACGGGUACCGAGUACAGUCACCCAGAAGAGCCUGUUACUGAGGACGAACACCCAGAAGAGACUGGUACCGAGUACAAACACCCAGACGAGACUGGUACCGAAUACGAACAUCAAGAAGAGACUGGUAUCGAGUGCGAACACCCAGAAGAGACUGGUACCGAAUAUGAACACCCAGAAGAGACUGGGACCCAGUAUGAACACCAACAAGAGACUGAGACCGAAUACGUGCACCAAGAAGAUACUGGUACCGAAUACGAACACCCAGAAGAGACUGGGACCCAGUAUGAACACCAACAAGAGACUGGGACCGAAUACGUGCACCAAGAAGAGACUUGUAGCGAACACGAACAUCCAGAAGAAACUGGUACCAAGUGUGAACACCAAGAAGAGACUGGUACCGAGUACGAACACCCAGAAAAGACUGGGACCCAGUAUGAACACCAACAAGAGACUGGUAGCGAACACGAAUACCCAGAGACUGGGACCCAAAAACAACAAGAAGGGACUGCAAUUGUGAGCCUUAUGGACGAUGGAAUCGAGUAUUCGCAGCCUGAGGAUAUUGGGACUGACAGACAUCGCUUAAAUGAAUGGUUGCGUCGCUUAAACAAAAACAGCGAAUAUACAGAUGAGACUCCAAGCAAAGAGUUUAACACCUUUUGCAAAGGGUCACCAUCAGAUGAAUCCCUUGAGCGCAACGCUUCAUUACCAGAGCUGAUCUCCGAACAUUACCAGUCCCCCACGACCAUAUACGACAUCAAGUACGGUGAAAUAGACUGGUAUCUUGACUUGCUGCUUCGCAUCCAGGCCUUGGAGAUGAGACAGGGAGCACUUAACUCACAUUUUGUCGUUAUGCUGAGGCUGGCGGCUCAGACCAGAGCAGAACUGGUAACGACUUAUGAAAGCUUCUUGGCGAAGCUAGACAAAUCAACGCUGUAUGUAAAGUGGAAAAAUGGAUAAAAAUUGAAGUUAUGA